CAUUGUCUUCAGUCAAAUGCAUGCUGGGGAAACUGCAGAAGCUCACGAUACCAACACCAUCCCGUCCACAAGAAGCACGGCUGAGGAAUGAGCCUGUUCAGUAUAAUGUGAUAAGGGGACUGUAGCACACUUAAUGAGGCUUACCAUCACGCUAUGGAAACAGCAUGUCAAUACAACAAUCAUUUUAUUUCAGCGAUUUUUGGCGCUCUUUCAGUCUCUCUAUUCAUUUUUUUAUGUAAGGUGAUAUGCAUGUGGGUGCACAGUGCGGAAACCUACUCACUCGACCAGUGCUCCCACUCACUCACUCACUCUGCUAAUCCGGCGUGCAGUGUACACUAUCGCGCGCACUGUGUGAGCCGAAGAGCGCUUCCUGUCUUUCAUUCAUCCCGGGUGAAGGCUGCUCACACCUUCCUCUUCUUCUCCUCUCCCCUCCUCGGCCCUUCCCUGCACGCUGGGAUAGCUCACUUUGUUUUUGUUUCCCCCUCCGCGGUGCCUUUCGGUCGGAGUAGUAGUGGAUGAUAUCAACAGCGGUACGUCUCUUCUUCUUACCUCCGCGAUACUAUGGACUAGAGCGGAGGGCUAGAGGACACGCGCAUCACGACAGAGAGCAGCGCGAGUGAGUUCUUCUUCUUUUUUUUUUGAAAGAUUUUUUAUUUUUUUUGGAGGGUACGACGCGAUUUAAAAUCAAGACACAAAGAAGAUAUCUGUAUUGCGCAGCAGCGUUACCAAGGACGCUCCAGCUGGCAGGACUCGCGUUAAGUUUUGGCGGAUUUUACGGCACAGGUGCGUGGAAGGAUUACAGACGUUUGGCGGAUGGUUGUCGGAGAGGAGUCGCUGCCUCUGCGCAAGUCUCAGAUGAAGAUGAAGUCUGCAGGCGUCGUGGAUGGAGGCUUGUUCACAGAGAGCUAUUGUAACAUCUGCAAUGCCCAGCUCAUCUCCGAGUCCCAGCGCACCGCUCACUAUGAGAGUAAGAAACAUGCCAACAAGGUGCGUCUGUUCUACAUGCUUCACCCUGAAGAUGGAGGACCACCUUCUAAGAGACUGCGGCCAGAUAACCCAGUAUGCUCCCAUGACUGUGCAGAGACAGAGGUGGACAGGAACAAGUGCUGUACCUUGUGUAAUAUGUUCUUCACCUCCGCUAUUGUGGCCCAGUCGCACUACCAGGGCAAAACCCACGCCAAGAGAGUCCGCCUGGUGCUGGGGGAGCCGCCCAGUCUUCCCGCCGCCAUGACCAGCCCGACAAACACAGAUUCCUCCCCUUCCACCCCACUGCCCACAGACCCCGCUGCGUGCCCUCCUCCUACCCCUGACCUGGCUUGGCCCUCGGCAGUGGUCGGCGGAAACGGCGGAAGAGAGGCCGGGAAGUACUGCUGCCUGUGCGGAGCCUGGUUCAACAACCCGCUGAUGGCCCAGCAGCACUACGAGGGCAAGAAGCACCGCAGGAACGCAGCCAGAGCACGCCUCCUGGAGCAGCUAGCGGGCAGUCUGGAUGCCACGGAGAGCACAGGGCUGCGUAGUAGUUACUCUUGCAGUGUCUGCAGUGUGGUCCUCAACUCCAUCGAGCAGUACCAUGCACACCUCCAGGGCUCCAAGCACCAGAACAACCUGAAGGAACACCAGCAGUAAGCCACGGAGACAGGCCACACUGGAAAGAAGAUAAGAUGAUUGUUGGAAUAAACAACUUCAGAAAGGACUUGUGUCAGAAACCGAAGAGUAUGAGAAAGUAUUGCAGAGUACCUUCAGUGUGUGUGCGUCUAUGUGUGUGUGUGUGUGUGUGUGUGUGUGUGUGUGUGUGUGUGUGCGCGCACGUGUGAUGGGCAUCCAUGCACGCAUCUGCAGUAUGGAUGUGUGGGUCAUUGUGACUGUGUUUAUUUCUAUCUUUGAUCUAAAAAAUAUAUCUCUGAGAUUUAUUCAGCACCUAAGUGCUACGAGUUCUCAACAGCCGUCCGAAAGCAGCUGCAUAUUGCCAUAUAACUCCAGUGUGAACCACAAUCCGAAAACUGAACUGAUGUCAGUGUGUUGUCCAGAGUGGUAAUAAUCAUUAUAAUGAUAGUCAAAGAGCAGCAGUAACUUUGUUACUAGCCGUCGUCCAUGUGCUCUGGCAGCGAUCCACAUCUUGUGUUUCUACAUGGUUUUCAUGUACAGUGAUAGUGGCACAUGAAUGGAUCACUUUCAGACCACCUGAGACUUACUCAGGCCCAGAAAAUCCAAGGACAAGAAAACUCCCAACGACCUCAGCCAUUACAGAUUGCAUGAAUUUCCGGUUUGUAUCUUGCGUUGUCUAUAAACGCAGUGGAUUGGCAUCCCUUUUUUUCCCAACUGGUGGAUGUGUCCUUUUGAAACCCAUCUUUUCAUGUAUUCCAUAUACGAUCAAAGCCUUGAGCUGUGGCGUGCUUACAGUUACAAUACAGAAGGCAGCGGCGAAAAAGAAAAGCAGCACAAAGACCUCCUUCUCUGAGGUGAGGGUCUGCGCAACUUUGUGAAUCAUCUACCGUUGAAAACAUUCCCACAGCACUGAAUACUGAUGUCAGAUGCAGUCAGGAGGUGACUCAAAUGAUCUUCUCUGUUGAGUUGGGCGAUGUGUAGAUAAUAUUUUUUUUAUUCUAUGGACAGAGAAGAAAAAAAGAAAAAAAAAAAAAUCACUCCCAAACCAUGUAGCAGCCAAUGUGCAAUACAACUGGGAUGUAAUUCAAUGCAUGCAAAAUGUAAAACGUUGCAUUCACUUGCCUUUUUAAAAACCUAUUGCUUGCGCGUUUUUGGCAAUAGCGCUGCUUUCUAGUGAUAGCUUCGUCUGCAUUACUGCACAUGCUUGCACCUGAGCAAAAAAGGUCACCUUUUCAACAUCGCAUUCAUUCAUCGAAAAUUGAGAACCUUUUGAUACCUAGAAAUUAGACCAGCCACUACUGUUACGACACCCCUCAUUUUGUGUGUAUUUUGAGUGUCUACAGUGAGAUCCAACAAUGGUGUGUAGCAUCAUAAGAUGAGCAAACAGAUGACACGCUCCACUUUCCUGUGCUGGCACUGAGCAGCAUUCCUCUAUAAGAGGAGAGGACUGGAAAACACAGCAGUCAAUGCUAAGCUAUCGGCUGUUUGUUUGUUUUCUCUGUAAACACAUUAAAAUGUUAUUUUUUUAAUUUUGUGCUUUGUUCAUUUCAUGGUGAGGAGAGUUAAAUAUGAGUGACCUGAUUAAAAAAGUUUUUCUUCUGCAGACGUAUGUAUGAGUAAUGGUUUUAUGCAAUCACACGGUAAUAUUAACAACCAUGCAAUGAGGGUUUAAAGUUUAAUAGUUUAAUGAAGCAAAAAAAAAAAAAAAAACAGUUUGUGUAAAUAAGCAGUAGCUGCAGGUGAAGUUUGUGUUUUAAGAGUUUUGUAUUCAUAGUGUUCACCUGCACUGAGUUACUGGACGAUAAGGGAAAUGGGUUUCUUAUGGAUGUUAUUGAAAAACAUAUGAAAUAUGCUGGCACUUAAAUAAGAAUGAUGGGUCAUGUCAUGUUUCUGAAUUGAUAACCAUCAGUAAAAAAUGAACUCAUCAUGAGCCGAAGAAUCAGUGACGAUGGACCAAAAUCCAGCGUGUGGAGUAUACGGUGAGUGAUCACAGAGGGAUUUAGAGAAAAGCCGUUUUCAUGAGGACGACCACAUUCACCACAAAGAUCAUCCUUCGGAGAAACAUCUGAUAUGUGACUGUUUUGCUAGUGGAUUCGUAAAACAGCAGAAAAUGAGGAUGCAGGACUACGGACUGUUGGAUUUUAACAUGCGUUUAAAAUAACCAACCCCUCUGUUGUUGGUAAUGCCGUACGAAAAACACAAAACAAGAAGCCAUUUGGCUUGUUUGAUGACUUUACGCCGACUCCUUUUCUCUCCAGCACUACUGUAUUCACAAAAGACACAGCGUCUGUGUGUGUGUGUGUGUGUGUGUGUGUGUGUGUGUGUGUGU